CAACCACUUUGUGACGGGUGUCAAGGUCGCCUCGGACGGGUGAAGAUAAAAACCUUCCUGACAUUGAAGCCGCCUUAGGUUGGCCGAUAAAGCUAGGCGCCCUGUAGUGUAGCAAGUCAGUGAUCUACUGGUGACAGACACUAAGAUGGCGGAAGAAGAGGACUUGGCGGAGAGACUGACUACUUUCUAUACGACCAUCUCUGACGAUUUGGACCGGUGUAUGGCGUUUUGGUUGAAACACUCGCAUGAUGACGUGAACGGCGGAUUUUUUACCUGCCUAGAGGCCGAUGGUCGGGUCUAUGAUGAGAGAAAAUUUUGCUGGUUGCAGUGUCGUCAGGUGUGGACGUAUGCCAGGCUCUACCAGGAGAUGCCCAGGUUUCAGCUGCCCCACAUUCUGGAGGCCGCCAGAAAAGGUGCCGACUUUGUGAUGAAAUACGUCAAAGAGCCCAACACCAGCAAAUGUUUUCUGUCCCUCACGAGGGAAGGCCAGCCAAUCAAAAGCCAGCGAACCAUUUUCUCCGAGAGUUUUUACGUCAUGGCCAUGGCCGAGAUGUACCGAGUCACGAAGGAUGACGUCUACAAGAAAGAGGCGAUGGCUAUGAUGAAGCAGAUCGUGCAGUGGGUCAAGGUCGAUGGCUCCGGGCUUGGUCCCAGACUGCCCCCGCCAGUGCCGACGUCAUCACUGGCCGUGCCGAUGAUCCUGCUGAUGCUGAUUGACGAGCUGACCAUCAUGGACCCUCAGCACUCGGCAGGAUACAACGAUCUGGCAGAGUGGUGUUUGCAGGAUGUCUUGAAGCACGUGCAGCGAGGGGGCGUGGUGCUGGAGAACGUCUCCGAGGACGGCGAGGAACUUCCGGGAAGUGUUGGGAGGUUAAUGAAUCCAGGCCACGCCAUAGAAACUGGGUGGGUUCUGCUCGAGCAGGCUGUGAACAAAAAUAAACCAGAGCUAAAGCAAGUGGCCUUGGAGACGUUCAUCAUGGAGUCGUUCAACAGGGGGUGGGACGACGAUUACGGCGGCCUCUUCUACUUCAUUGAUGCAGACGACCGCCCUCCUGUCCAGCUCGAAUGGGAUAUGAAACUUUGGUGGCCCCACUGUGAGUCUAUGGUCGCCUUCCUGAUGGCCUACAAACACACGGGUGAACACAAGUACCUCAAACAGUUUGCCAAAGUUUUCGACUACUCCUACAGUCAUUUUGUGGACUUUAAGCAGGGUGAGUGGUUUGGCUAUCUCAGCCGUGAAGGAAACGUUAAAAUCAAUGCCAAAGGGGGAGAAUGGAAAGGGUGUUUCCAUGUGCCCCGUACCCUCAUGCUCUGUGAACAAAUGCUCAAAGAACUUUUACAAAAACAAGGUCAGACUUAAAGAGUUUGGCUGUACACACCACACCAGCUGUGCACAACAGCCAGUGAUUCAAGUCAUCAACUCAGGAUGUUUACAUCCAGAAACAUUCAACAAAGUCCAUGACCACAGCGUAUUUCUGAUAUGUAUAUCACCAUGUAUUAUAUAAGAUUGCAGGAAUAAUUUACAGAUCAACACAACUGUGUACGUGUUUGUACAUUUAUGUAACUAUAACAUACUUGUUUUAAGUAAUAAAAUGAUUGUCCACAA